AAAAUAAAUAAAUCCGAAAGCGGAAGUGACACUCAGGCGUCAUUGUUGUUGACUUUGAGGAACAAAGUUAUUAAUUUCCAUUAUUUAGAGAAAGAGAGAGCGAAGACAGCACCAACCCAGAGGAUUUACCAAAUUCUAUACACCCACAUAUAUACAGCAGAAACACCAACUGGUAUUCUAUGGGGAUCAGCACUGAACAGUUGUCGGAAAUGGCAUAAAUUGAAUUGAUGAAUCGAUUGAAAGUAAGGAAGUGGUGUCUCCCGAAAACACCGUCUUGCUGAAGCAACAUCCGUCUAGUUUUCUUCCGAGUGUGGAGAAUAGAACUGAAAAACUUCCGCUCGUCCGGAAACUUGGAAUUUACUGGAAAGGAUAUUUUUUAUCGUUUACCGACGGCCUUUAUUUUUCUGUUUCCCCCCUCGAAAAAAAACAAACAAAACAAAAUAAAAUAUAUAUAUAUAUAUAUAUAUUCGCAACACCAAAAACUAUUUAACUUUCUGUAAUUGGUUACCUGAUAUUGCGAGAAAAUGUCUACACCUGCUCGUCGUCGUUUAAUGAGAGAUUUUAUGAGACUGCAAGACGACCCACCCGCCGGAGUGAGCGGAGCACCGACCGAUAACAACAUCAUGUUGUGGAAUGCAGUGAUUUUCGGCCCGACAGACACACCCUUCGAGGACGGUACCUUCAAACUGACCAUCAAAUUCACAGAGGAAUACCCGAAUAAACCCCCGGCCGUACGUUUCUCUUCUAAAAUGUUCCACCCUAAUAUAUAUGCUGACGGUAGCAUCUGCUUGGACAUUCUCCAGAACCGAUGGAGUCCUACAUACGAUGUGUCUUCUAUACUGACUUCUAUCCAGUCGUUGUUAGACGAACCCAACCCAAACAGUCCUGCCAAUAACCUGGCCGCCCAACUCUAUCAGGAAAAUCGACGAGAGUACGAGAAACGAGUAAAGGCCAUAGUGGAAGAGAGCUGGAUUUACCAAGGCAACGGAGCUACUUCAUCGGAAUAAUAAUAAUAAUAAUAUUAAUAAUGAACACUUGUGUGUCUUGGUUGCAUUCUUGUCCAACAUUGAAUGUUAGAUAAAUUCAUUCUCUCUCUACUGACUUUUGGGUUCGUUCUCUCUGAAUCCUGCCACGUAACAAAAAAAAAAAAAACAUAAAAAAAAGCACAAAUACAAAAAGAAAACAGAAAAAUCCGAAGAAAACAAUUCUUAAAAAAAAUAAAAGAAGACUUCAUCUCUUAUCAUUUAUUUUUGAAUUUUCAAGUUCCAAAAAAUCUGGUUGUUACAAAAUGAAAAAACUUGCCAACAUACAAACUUAGUCAACACUAUCACACACACACACACAUACAUACACACAGCAUUUAUUUCAGAAACAUAUCUAUUACACUUCUAAAUUGCAUCAUCAAUAUGUUGGUUUUAUGUCAAAUGACUGGGUGUGUGUGGGAUGUGGGAGUGGUGAGUAAGUAAAUGUAUUUGAUUAGAUUCUUCACUCUUUUAUUGUUGUUAUUGUCACUAACACUUGGUUAUCUCCAACAUUUAUAUAGCCCGCAACCUGCUCAAUUAGUCAGCCCUCAUACCAUAGAUGACGAACUAAGAACAUAAGCCUUUAAAUGGUCACUCCAUUCUCUUGCCACAAGUAGAGGAGUUAAGCCCAGAUCUGAUCGGUUCAGUACGUUCUCUAACAGGAGUUUUAGACUCACAGACAGUACUUACCAAAGACAGAGGAGUUAAGCGUAGUCAUCCACAUUUAGUCAAUACUCUCACUAUUGAUUCAGUUAAUAUAGACCCUGAUAUUUUUAGACAAUAUUCUAGGCACAAAUUGAAGGGUAAGGGUCAGCUUGGACGUACUCAGACAAGAAUGCUCCUAGCAGACUGUAGAGUUUAUGUCAGCCGUGUUUAAUUAGACGAUAGUCUCAUCUGAAAGCAAAGGGUUAGAUAAACUCUGAUUUGCUCAUUUAGACAAUACUCUCACUAAAACCCGAGGAGUUAGAUGAAACUCUGACCUAGGUAUUACUCUCACCACAGACUGCAAAACCUCAAAGAAAAACUUUAUAUCAAGAAAGAAUCUUUUUCUGUAUUUGUUUCAUUGGAAAGUAAUUACAGUUUUUCAUUCCAGUAAUGCAA